AUGGAAGAUGCUUCAGUCAAUGUACCUGUUCUCGUGGUAGGCGGAGGGCCUACGGGUCUGUUCACAGCAUACAUGCUCUCCAAGCACGGCGUCAAAUCGCUCCUCAUCGAAAAGUAUCCCCAACGGCUGGCGGCGCCCAAGGCACACGCAUUAUGUCCUCGAACGCUGGAAUUUUGCAGGCAAUAUGGCCUCGACACGAAUGCGCUGCGGAAGCUCGGGAGUCCCCGAGACGAUGCGUACUGGGUUAAUUUCUUGACGAACCUGAGCGGCGACAGGAUUGGGUAUUUGCCCUAUGAGAGGAUGGAUGUCGAAGUCUUGGAAAGCACGCCUGAAAUGAUUCACAAUGUGCCUCAGCCAGAUUUUGAGAGAUUUGUCGCUGAGAAGCUCGCAUUUGACACGAAUGUAGAGCUGAGAAAAGGCAUUGCUUUUGUGUGCUGUGAGCAGCGUGGCGAUAGAGUGAUAACUACCGUUGAAGAGCGGGCGACGAAACAGCGUUGGACCAUUGCCUCCAAUUAUGUGAUUGGCUGCGAUGGCGCUAAGAGUGAAGUGCGAAAGUCUCUCAACAUCGAGACUGAAGGCGAAGACGGAUACGAGACAAUGAUGACAAUUCAUUUCAACGCAGACCUGCGGCCCAUCGUGAAGGAAAGAGUGGGCAUGCUGCACUGGAUAGUUGACCCGGCAUGUUCUGGUUUUAUCAUCGCGUAUGAUCUCGGCGGUAAUCAGGUACUGAUCAGCAAUUUUGACGUGAGGCAUCAAGGAACCAUGAACUGCAAGUGCGCAACUAACGGGACGCAGUCAAAUAAACAUCCCGCCGAGGCGUGGAGCGAAGAGCUUACGCGCGCAACCGUAACGGCUGCAAUAGGAAAGGACAUACCUUUUAAAAUACUCAGCUACAGACCUUGGGUACUAAGUCGGAAAGUGGCCAAAGAGUACAGACGCGGCAACACCUUUCUACUCGGCGAUGCGGCGCACUCCUUCCCCCCAACAGGCGGUCUCGGGCUCAACUCAGGCCUAGCCGAUGCGCACAACCUGGUCUACAAGAUCGCCGCUGUGCAUCAGGGGUGGGCGAAGCCGUCCAUCCUCGACACGUAUGAGGCCGACCGACGCCAGAUAGCGCUGGUUGCCUCUUCGCAAAGCGUCAAGAACGGGAAAACCAUCUUUUCGUUUUUGAAAGCCGUGGGUACCGCCGGUAUCGAAGACGUGGACGAGGCAAGGGCGAACAUGUAUAAGACGAUACACGACCCCGCGAAAGAGGACUUGAUAGCGCAGAAUGUGGAAGGGCAGCGGGAGCACUUUGAUAACCUUGAAAUACACAUUGGAUACGUCUAUGGCGAUAAAGAACCGCCUGCAAACGCUUCACAUUACACACCAAAGUUCAAAGUCGGGGCUCGGCUGCCUCACGCCUGGAUCAAACUCCUCAAACCAAACAAUCGCAUCCCCGAUUACCCAAUCGACACUUCAUACGUCAAAGAACUCACAAAAGAACAAAUAUCAUCUAGAAAAUUCUCAACUCUCGACCUCGUAAGUCCGGGAGCCUUUAGCCUCAUAGUGGAGUCCCGCUCCUUAUGGGCGCAGCGCUUCAAGAACUUUGAAGAAGCGAUGGCUAGCAAAAUAGGCCCCCGCGUCCACCUUUGGGUCGAGGGCUCGGAUUUCGAAUUUACAAAUGAGGCACAUCGCAAGUUGUUUCAUAAACAGGGGCGUCUGGCCCAGGGAGCAGCGCUCCUGGUGAGGCCGGACCAGCAUAUACUGGGCUGCCUGGGCCCUGAAGCCUCGGCGCAGGAUAUGAUUUUGAUAGUCCAGGGACAUUUGGGUCUUGAAAGAGCCCAGUUAUAG